CGGCUCUGCCCAGGACAGGGCUUGCUGAGGACGCUCGGAGUAGGUGUUGGCGGCGGCGCAGCAGCAGCAGUAGCAGCAGCAACAGCAACGGCAACAGCAGCUAUGAGGGUCCGCGGCGGGGUGAUCCACUGUAGGUGCUCCAAAUGCUUUUGCCUUCCUUCAAAGAGAAGAAUAAAAAAGAGGCCCCGAGUCUUAACUUUACUGAGUCUCCCUGAAGAUGUCCUCUUUCAUAUACUGAAAUGGCUUCCUGCAGAAGAUAUCCUUGCCAUCAGAGCUGUACAUCCUCAUCUUAAGUAUCUUGUAGAUAAUCAUGCCAGUGUUUGGGCAUGUGCAAGCUUUCGGGAGAUGUGGCCUUCUCCAGAUAACCUAAAGCUUUUUGAAAGGGCUGCUGAAAGUGGUAAUUUUGAAGCUGCUGUGAAGCUAGGGAUUGCCUACCUCUACAAUGAAGGCUUGUCUAUUUCUGAUGAGGGUCGUGCAGAAGUGAAUGGGUUAAAGGCAUCACGCUUCUUCAGCUUAACGGAACGCCUGAAUGUUAAUGCUGCUCCAUUUAUCUGGCUAUUUAUUCGCCCUCCCUGGUCUGUGUCUGGAAGCUGCUGUAAAGCUGUAGUCUUUGAAAGCCUCAAAGCAGAAUGUCAGUUUCAAAAAGUUCAUAAGGGAUCUAUACUAUAUUGUUUGGGUAAAGUUUUAAGCCUUUUUGAGGAUGAAGAGAAAAAAAGAGAAGCGCUUGAAAUGUUUGAGGCAUCUUCUAAUCAGGGAUGUUUAAAUAGUUCUUACCUCCUUUGGGAAAGCAGCCAGAAGACUGCUAUGUCAGACCCUGGAAGAUACCUCCAGAGCCUCCGGAAACUCAGGGACUAUGCAACCAAGGGCUGUUGGGAAGCACAGUUAUCUUUAGCCAAAGCCUGUGGAAAUGGAAACCAGCUUGGACUAGAAGCAAAAUCUUCGAAUGAAGUGGUACUGCAACUCUUUCAGGCUUCUCACCCUGUCAGUAAAGAGAACAUCUUCACUGUGCAGAAGGGAAUGAAUGACACAAUGAGGUACAUUUUGAUUGACUGGCUAGUGGAAGUUGCCACCAUGAAAGAUUUUACAAGCCUCUGCCUUCACAUGACAGUGGAAUGUGUGGAUCGUUACCUGAAGCUGAGAGUGGUGCCCCGAGCCAAGCUGCAGCUGCUAGGGAUUGCUUGCAUGGUCAUCUGUACCCGUUUCAUUAGCAAAGAGAUCUUGACAAUUCGUGAAGCAGUGUGGCUAACAGAUAACACUUAUAAAUAUGAAGAUCUAGUAAGAAUGAUGGGAGAGAUCAUUUCUGCUCUGGAAGGAAAGAUUCGAAUUCCUACUCUUGUAGAUUACAAAGAAGUGCUAGUGAAUGUAGUCCCGAUAGAGAGAAGAACUCUUCACCUGUACAGCUUUAUCUGUGAACUCUCCCUGUUGUAUACAUGCCUCUCUGUGUACUCUCCAGCCCAUCUGGCUGCCGCAGCCCUGUUGCUGGCCAAGCUGAUGCACAGGCAAGCACAUCCCUGGACAAGUCAGUUGUGGGAAUGCACUGGAUUCUUCUAUGAAGACCUGAUACCCUGCGUUUUGAGCCUUCACAAAAAAUGCUUCCAUGAUGAUGCCCCAAAGGAUUAUCGACAGGUUUCCCUGACAGCUGUGAAACAACGUUUUGAGGAUAAACGAUAUGAAGGAAUUGGACAGGAAAAGGUAAUGGGUUAUGGCCAGUUGUGCAAGUUAUUAGGAGUGAAGCAAGAGGAAACAGAACCUUCUUCCUCCCUCAAUGUGGCAGAAAUUCAGACCUUUCUCAACUCACCCUCUGGGAAAAGAACCAAAAGAAGAAGGGAAAACAGCAUUCAGGAAGAUCGGGGCAGUUUUGUAACAACACCCACUGCUGAAUUAUCCAGCCAAGAGGAAACACUGCUGGGCAACUUCCUGGACUGGAGUUUGGAUUACUGCUCUGGGUAUGAGGGAGACCAGGAAAGCGAAGGGGAGAAAGAAGGAGAUGUCACAUCUCCCAGUGGAGUCCUCGACGUAACUGUGGUGUAUCUAGAUCCAGAACAGCACUGCUGUCAGGAGUCCAGCGAUGAAGACAGCCGAUUAGAGGACCAUUGUAAACAGGACUCGGCACUGCCACCACCGCCAGAUCACACGCAUGCGGAGAAACACUGGCUCCUUUUUCAGGACAGGAGAGAGGCCAGAAGAGAAGUGACCUCAGGCUAUUCCUCAGUCAACAGCACCAGCCCUACAUCCUCCUCCGUGGAGAACAGCUUUGGAGCCUUUAUCAAAACUACCUCAGUGCUGUCCCCAGGCAGUGACCCGAACACUCACCCAUGUACACCCACCUACUUGGAAUCAUGUUUACAGUCUCUUCACACCAGUCCCGUUGAGAGCAGCCUGCACCGGAGACCAGUGAAGAGGAAAAAUGUGGCUGAACAUAGUGACAAGAAGAACUUGGGAUUCUGGAGUCUGUGAUUGUGUGUGUGUGGUGUUUUUCAAUUUAAAUGUUUACUAAAAGGAGAAUUUCUGUAAUGCCUUCUAAGGGUUGUGGGGGGAGGCCAAAAAUGUAUGCCUUGUAAACUCUAAAGGCAACAGAUGUACAACUUGCUGGGAUCUGCAAACUGGUGACCUCAGCACGUGGAAGAUAGAGAAAAAUCACUGUUGGCACCAAGUGGAACUUUCUUCCAUUUAGUCCUAUGCAAAACAAAAAGUGUACAGUUGAACUCUCCAUCCAAAAGAAGCGUACCAAAUCCUUCUCUUUGGCGAUGUAAGCCCAAAGCAAUCAUGCCUUAUUGUGUUAAGAAGUCUGUUUCCACCACCUCUUCUUUCUGUGGGGUGAGGUCUGCUCUCCUGGGAAAUCAGAGGCUGAACAUCCUUCUCACUGUUCAGAAGUGUUCUCACUUAAGGUCUCUUUUCCAAUGUAAUUCUUCACUAAGUAAAAUCUGAUAUCCAGGCCCAAUCCAGGGCCUGGACAGUUCUAAGCUUAAGCAACAUUGAAUAUAAAGGUACAUUCCCUGGGAAAUGCCUUACUGAUUUUGCCCUUCAGAGUGACAGGAGACAAACUCCCCCUAGCAUUCAGCAUGGUUCUCUGGUGCAGUGACUCUAUCUACAGGGUUUUGCCCGGGCCUUGGGGAACAAAUACUCUCAUUCAGACAGGGUUCUAACCCCAUGGAGCCCUAGAAAUGUGUCUGGUGGUGGCAGAGGCUAAAAAGUAUGGUAUAGUUCAGCUAGCUUAGUACUCCCUGUCACUAACCAGAUUGUUUGAAGCCUUCACUGCCAAGUGCCUUCCCCACCAACUUUCAGCUCUUUACAAGAGUUGGUCUUUAAAAUAAAAAAGUCAAAUGCCUUUUUUUUAAUAACCUCAUUACUGUUUGCAUCUUACUGUCCCUACAUCCAGUGUUGGUGCCAAGAACUGCUCUUUAUACAGUGGGUUUUAGGACCACUCUUAGUAUAUAAUUACCAUUGCACUGCCCUCACCUAAAUGCAUCCUUUAAGAUGAAAAUAAACUCCAUUUCAAAGGGAAUAGGAUUUUUUAAAUUAUUAUUCCAAGCCCUAUUUCCAAGUGGCAUCAUGACAAACAUAUGCUGAAAGCAUUUUCCUCAAGAUGUGAUUUCUUCAACCAGUUUUCUGCCUGGAAAUGACCAAAUGGAUUGGCAAGAAACAAAAACCAAUGUAGUUUGGGGUUGAAGGGUUUUGUCGUAAAUUGUCUGAUGGAAUAACACUGAAACUGUAAAGUGAUUGUUUACUUUUAUAAAUAACUGUGGGUGAAAUGCCAGUUUUUUAAGCGUCCCUUUAACUAUGCAAUAUUGAAGAAAUAAUGUGUGAGCCAAUAACUUCUCAUUCUACAUUUUCCCUUGGAAUUCGUGCAUCAGACAGGAUUUUUAUGGAAACGUGCCUAGGGAUGUGAUUGUUUUG